AUCGCAGGGCCACGACGCUCGUACCAGCCGGGCCGCGCGAGCGGCUUAGUUGUCUGUCGUUUAGUAUGAGUUCCGCCGCCACAGCCAUGGCGCCAGCAAAGGUUCUCUCCGCGCUCGUCGCACUCGGUGUGAUCAUGAUGGCAGGCGCACAGUCCCCUGCGACGGCACACUGCCCUCCCUGCUCCAAGAUCCGGCUGCCCGUGUGCGGCGUCGACGAGGAUGGGGAGAUAUGGACGUUCCCCAACAGCUGCACCAUGCUCUGGUGCAACUGCAUGCUGCGUGCCGCCGAUUCCGACAGAAAAUUCAAGGAGCUGAAGUCCGGCAGCUGCGAGGGAAACCCGUCUAACGAGACGGAAAUACCAGAGUGCUUCCCAGAGAUGGAGACGACCACCGAGUCGACAGACGACGACCCUGAGAUCCGGAUACUGAACGCCACGAAGGCGACACCAGCUGCGGGGGCGGGUCUCGCGCCCGGCGCCGUCCUGGCAGUGGCGGCGGUCGUCGCGACGCUGGUGGCAGCCGGCGACUUGUAGCGGCGACUUGUAGCGGUGACUUGUAGCGGCGAAUUGUAGCGGUGCCCUGUGGCGGAGAUUUUUAGCGUCGCCGGUUCUCUGCGGCUAUGCUGCUCGCUCCACUGCAGACAUUUCCACACGAUUCACCCACCAGAUGCUGUUCCCGUACUAUAUUAAUAAAAUUGGUCAAUUUUUUUCAAGUUGUGACGUAGUCACAAAAAAUGUUUCUAGCGAUCCAAGAAAAUAUUUGCUGUAAUAUAGUUCCAGUCUUGUUUAUUUGUAGUCAAUUUAUUAACUACGGUCGGCAAUGACCAUCUUCAGGCCUGUGUACAAAUGUGUUGCAUUACACAUAUCACACAUAAUGACGUGAUAUGUGUAAUGCAACACGUUUCUAAUCAGUUCUGAGCAAGGCCAUUAGCAACCGAAAUUAAUAACCUCAUUAAAAAUAAACAUUCUGGUCCAAAACAGGAAUUUUAAUAAAGCAGUAUUUUCAGUUA